AUUUCAUUUAUUGAAAAUUUCCUCUCUGAAUUAAAUAUCAAUAUUAAUACAGAACUAAUAUUAGCAAAACGAUAUCAAAAAUCAAUUAUAGAUGGUAACAAUAAUAAUAAUGAUAAUAAUGAAAAAGGGGAAAUCAAUUCAAAUCAUAUGGAUUAUUAUCAACUUUUUGAUGUGUGGAAUCCCGGACAUUUUUAUGGUGGUAAAUUAAAUAUUACAAAAAUUGGAAUAUUUUCAAAUGAUCAUGGUUUAAUUUUGAAAAAAUGGUAUAGAAGUCAAAGUACAGUUAUACGUCGAAUGAAUAUGCAAAAUGUACCAAUUCGUUGUAUGAUUGUGACAACAAAAAAUGUUGAAAAUCAAUCACUAGUUCAAUAUUUGGAAAAUCGUACAAAUGCUCAUUUAGAUUCAAUGCAUCAUUUUAGUUUUGCAUUGCUAUCACACGUGAGUGACAUAUUUAAUUUUAAACUGAAUUUAACUACAACAAAUUCAUGGGGUUAUUUAAUAAAUGGUACAUAUGAUGGUAUGAUUGGUGCUUUAAUUCGAAAUGAAACUGAUAUUGGUGGCUCACCAAUAUUUUAUCGUUUAGAACGUGCAAAAGUUAUUCAUUAUACUUUACAUAAAACUUGGAUAUCAAGAAAUUGUUUCAUAUUUCGCCACCCGAAAACUUCAAAUUUAAAGGGAAUUGUUUUUUUACAACCAUUCGAAAAAAAUGUUUGGAUAUCAAUUAGUUUAUGCUGUUUAAUAAUAAUUUUAAUUGAGACCAGUUAUAAUACUCAAAAUGAAAAUUAUAAGAAAAAUAUUGGAAAACUUGAAACUAAGUUUUUACCACAUAUUAAGCAACAGUAUCAUCAUAAGCAACAGGAACAGCAGCACCAACAACAACAACAAUUUAGACCAAAAAUAAUUGGAAUUCAAGAUAGAACUAACUGUAGACAAUAUCAUAAGCAAAAAAUUAUUAAUAAAAAAUGUUCUAUUUUAUCCUGGAGCAAUUGGAUUUCAUAUAAAAACCAGUGUCUGAGAAAAUCUAAAAAUGAAAAAUUUCUUAAAAUUAAUAUUUUCGAUUUUAUUGUAUUUGUUAUUGGAAUGUUAUGUUUACAAGGUGUUUCAAUAAAUACGAAAUUAUUAUCAGGACGUAUAAUAAUAUUUUCAACUUUAUUAUUUAGUUUCCUAAUAUUUCAAUAUUAUUCAGCAAGUAUUGUUGGUUCAUUAUUAAUUGAAUCACCGAAAACUAUUAGAACAUUACGUGAUUUAAUUAAAAGUGAUUUAAAUUUGGGUAUUGAAGAUAUUGUCUAUAAUAAGGAUUUCUUUAGGCGUACAACAGAUCCAGAUGCAAUCGAAUUGUAUAAUAAAUUUACAAGACACCAAGCGAAAUCAAAUAAAAAAUCUAUGUGGUUAACACCAGAAAUUGGAAUGAGAUUAGUUAAAUUGGGUGGUUAUGCUUUUCAUGUUGAUGUUAGUGCUGCAUAUAAAAUAAUAUCAGAAAUAUUUACUGAAAAAGAAAUAUGCGAAUUAAGUGAAAUUCAACUAUUUCCAUCACAAAAAAUGGUUAAUAUUGUACAAAAAGGUUCUCCUCUCAGAAAAGUUAUAAUGUACGGAUUGCGACGUACUUAUGAAUCUGGCCUAAUGGAUUAUCAAAGAAAAAUUUGGAGUUUUCGAAAACCACAUUGUACUAAAAAAAUUGAACAAAGUGAUUUAUCGGUUGAUAUGCAGACAUUUUUGUCAGCAUUUUUUAUCUUACUAUUUGGAUUUGCUAGUAGCUUGAUUAUUUUAAUAUUUGAAAUAUUAUUUAACCUUUUCUAUAUCAGGAGUACAACCACCAUCAUCACCAAAUAG